UAGAGCUAUGCAGCGGAGCAGCAUCGCUUCUGCGGAUGUAGCAGAAACUUUUUACGGCUUCUCCCGAGGGAUGCGACUAGAAACCAACACUGGAGGGGCAAAGUUAAGAGCCAGCAGCGAUCGACGGAGGGAGUAAAAUAAAAUGUGGAUGAACUGACAUUUACUCCACUAUCUGGGCCGGGUAAUUACUGAACCUGAAGUCAGAGCAAUCUUCGCUUCUUUGAAAAAUGGCCGUUCGUGGCAACUCACUGAUGCCUUUCUCAAUCCAAGCCAUCCUGAACAAAAAAGACGACAGUCGACACUUGCCAGAUUUGGACAUGUGCUUCUCAAAGACUGCCUGCUGGAAAAUAUUCGGAGAGAUGGACGGCGGAUCCAGGAGAAACGAGAGUGAAGCUUGUGAGCCGACCGACCAGAAGAGCUACGACUCGGAUUCGGGACUCAGUGAGGACAACGACAGCAAGACUCCAGCCCCAUGUAAAUCGGAGAAAGACGGAGACCCUGCGUCGGAUGUGCCGGAGGAAAGCCUGCAAGAGGAGACGGACCACGAGUCUGCAGCUGCGGAAAACUCCAAGAGUGACACGGAGCCCGGUAAUGGCACGGAUUCCAGCAACCUGGACGAGAAGAGUCUGGAUCAACCUAAACAGCGGAAAAAGCGCUCCAGAGCUGCCUUCUCUCACGCACAGGUCUUCGAGCUGGAGCGCCGUUUCAACCACCAGCGGUACCUUUCCGGGCCGGAGCGGGCGGACCUGGCGGCCUCCCUGAAGCUCACAGAGACUCAGGUGAAGAUCUGGUUCCAGAACCGCCGGUACAAGACGAAACGCCGCCAGAUGGCCGCCGAUCUGAUGGCUUCGACCCCAGCAGCCAAGAAGGUGGCAGUGAAAGUUUUGGUGCGGGACGACCAGAGACAGUACAGCCCGGGAGAGAUCUUACGGCCCCCGCUGCUCUCCCUACAACCGUCCUACUAUUACCCCUACGCCUACUGCCUCCCUGCAUGGACGCUCUCUGCGUGUGCGGGGAACCAGUGAAAACUCGGUGACUGUAUUUAUUCAUUUUUAUUAUUUUUGCUCCCAGGAAGCCCAAAUAGCUUUACUUCUGACAAGAGGAAGAGGUCCGAGGGGACUGCUCAACGUCUCUGAUUGAAUUUCCUCACCAUGUUGUCCAGGCAAGACAGCAAAAACUUUUCAUGGCUUUUCACAUCCUGAAAUACUUUAAAGCGACUCCUUCAUGUAUGUAGUAAGGUUUCCCCCCUCCAGGGACCCGUUAAAGAAACAGUUUCUCAUGGUUUAGACCCUAAAAUCAUAAGCGGAGAGACAGGACCUCCUAAAAAUGUCACUAUGUUAUCCUCUGAGGAGUGACACAGCAAUAAUAUUAAAGUAUUUGUGUCUUUGCUUGGACUCCCUCAAGGACUUCCGAAGCCCCCGGAACCUGUUUUGGAAACCGGAGGCCUGAGCAGACUGAAAAUGUCACCUUAAUGUCGAUUUAUAUUUUACAUGCGCCUUCCUACCUCUGCAGUGAUUGGAAAUAGGCAUAUUCCAUUAACUUCUCAAACAGCUGUCUCUGUUUCAGGUUGUGUAUUUUUUUCUCUUGCUGUGUUUGUAAAGGUAAGAUAAUUCAGCACUUUUGAGCAUAUACGUUACUUUAUUUCAAUGCAUUAUAGUGUGGUUCGC